UACCAGCAAUAGGCUGCGUGGGUCGCAGUCAGAUGCAUUGCAUGGUGUCAGUCUGAGAUCUCGCACCUUACAUUAGUGCAGCAGUUAAGAAAGGAAAGGAAACCAUUUUUUAAAAAAGCGUGCAUUUAUUGCACGACGCGUGAGCUGGGGCAUUCUGGAAUUACAAGACUGAGAAUAGAUUCACCGAACCGGGAUUGCGAUUUGUGAAUGGAUUCGAAUCAGUGAACGCGACGGGAGAUGAGGAGCGGGCUGACCGGGGAGAGAGACUGAUAGCUGGGGGAGAAAACCGUGGAACAGAAGGUGGGGCUUUGACACAGACAGCGGGGCUUGCAUUCGGGAUAGUAAACCACGCCGCUGCGGCCGACAUCCUCAACAGAACAGGACCGACGAGAAUAACAAAGAGAAGAUGCAGAAAUAACUGCACUGGGCUGACAUUGCGUGAAUAUUGAAAAAGAGACACCACACAAGGACACCACACGAGGAGAGAGCGCACAUCCGAUGCCUCGGCUAUAAAGUGCAAAUUAUUUUUCGGCGUGUGGUUGGUUAUUUUCAAUGGUAGCCGGUCUUCAAGCGGACGCUAUGUGAAGGGAAGAUUCUGUUCUGUGUUUUUAACCCUUGCUUAGCAAUACUAACCUCAUCUCCGAUGAACAAUCAGACAGCUUUUUGAUCAAGCAGAAAACCGCGAACUGUUAAUUUAAUAAGGAAAAAAAACUGACAUUUAAACAUAGUUAUUAAUUUGGGGUUUUGAGUAUCUGUCUUCCGUAUUUAUUUAUUUAUUUAUAAGAACGCUGUUUUUGGCUAGUGGGUAUACUUUUAUAUAAUAAUAAUAAUAAUAAUAAUAAUAAUAAUAAUAAUACCAGCUUGUUAAAUUUGCCACAUGCAAAUAUAGAAUGAGCCGUUUGUAAGAGAAAUACGCGUGGAUAGAACAGUGGUUUUGCUGUAAUAAAUUAAACGCGCAGAACGCCGUUGCUUUAUUAUAGAAACGUUAGUUUUUUUGCCAGCAGUGGUUUCUACUGGAUAAUAACACUGUACAACCCUGCGUGUAAAAUACAGCGCGUUUUAACUUAGGGGGGGUCCUUUAUCACGGUGCCCCUGUACUGUGGAGACGCACGGGCCCACUGCGCAUUCCCUGACGUCAUCGCAUUUACCAUGGACGAAUACAAGAUGAAACGGAACUGCUCGACUCGUGUGAGACUAACCUGUCACUUGUAGUGUCUGUGAAAGUAAAGCCCUGGGUUUAGACGAGGGUACUUGUAAGUGAUAUAUCGUGUCCAUUUAGCUGCUGUAAUAAUAAUACUGCACAGAACUUUGCAUUGCAUAGAUAGAAGGAAAAACUAACAGACAUUUUUCUACGUGCUUUUAAUAAUCGGGAUAUUUCUUGCGUGUUUUAUUUGUGCACCAUCAUGGAAACGACCAAGCUACCCCCGUCCAGCCCUUCCUCCCCUACCACCGGCUUCUCCGUGCCCAACGCCGAGAAAGUGGACGGAUUCCCCCGGCGUUCGAUGCGUCGAGCCCGGCAGAGACGCUCGCACAGCUCGUCCCAAUUUCGGUAUCAAAGCUCGCAAGUGGAACUGACCCCUCUGCCCCUUUUAAAAGACGUCCCCGUGUCGGAGCUGCACGAUCUGUUCUGUAAGAAGCUGCAGCAGUGCGGAGUGGUCUUCGACUUCCUCGACUGCGUGGCGGACCUCAAGGGCAAGGAGAUCAAGCGGGGGGCUCUCAACGAGCUGGUGGAGUGCAUCGCCACCAACCGAGGGGUCCUCAUCGAGCCAGUGUACCCCGAGGCUGUGAAGAUGAUCUCCGUGAAUAUCUUCCGCACUCUGCCGCCCAGCGAGAGCCUGGAAUUCGACCCCGAGGAGGAUGAGCCGACGCUGGAGGCCUCCUGGCCACACCUGCAGCUGGUGCACGAGUUCUUCCUGAGAUUCCUGGAGAGCGCCGACUUCCAGCCAUCGGUGGCCAAGCGGUACAUCGACCAGAAGUUUGUGAUGCAGCUGCUAGACCUCUUUGACAGCGAGGACCCGCGAGAGAGGGAGUAUCUCAAGACUAUUCUUCACCGGGUCUACGGGAAGUUCCUGGGACUGCGGGCGUACAUCCGCAAGCAAAUCAACAACAUCUUCCUGAGGUUCAUCUACGAAACGGAGCACUUCAACGGGAUAGCAGAGCUUCUGGAGAUCCUAGGCAGCAUCAUCAACGGGUUCGCUUUGCCUCUGAAAUCGGAACACAAGCAGUUCCUGGACCGAGUCCUCAUUCCUCUCCACACAGUGAAGUCUCUGUCUGUAUUCCAUGCGCAGCUGGCGUACUGCGUGGUGCAGUUUAUGGAAAAAGACGCCACUGUGACAGAAUAUGUAAUCCGAGGUCUCCUGAAAUACUGGCCCAAAACCUGCACUCAGAAAGAGGUGAUGUUCUUGGGAGAGGUAGAGGAGAUCCUGGAUGUGAUUGAGCCCUCCCAGUUUUUGAAGAUUCAGGAACCUCUCUUCAAGCAGAUUGCUUACUGCAUCUCCAGCCCCCACUUCCAGGUGGCCGAGCGAGCUCUCUACUUCUGGAACAACGAAUACAUCCUGAGUCUGAUUGAGGAUAACUGCAGCGUCAUCCUGCCCAUCAUCUUCGCUACCCUGUACAGAGUCUCCAAGGAGCACUGGAACCAGACUAUCGUCUCUCUGAUCUACAACGUCUUGAAGACUUUCAUGGAGAUGAACACCAAGCUGUUUGAUGAACUCACUGCCUCUUACAAAGUGGAGAAACAGAAAGAGCAGAAGAAGGAGAGGGAGAGGCAGGAGCUGUGGAGGAAGCUGGAAGAUCAGAGGAUACGGAAGCUGCAGAGUUUGGGAGAGGCAGAAAAGAACCGACUCAACCUGCAAAUGAGCCAGAAAGACCAGAGAGGAGAGACCAACAGCGGCUCGGACGGGCCGAACGGACCGACCAGCAAAACCUAGAACCCUCCCAGGCCAGCGAGACCUUACCCAGAACCCCCUCGCUGGACCGGCACCAAAAACCAUUAGGACUUUUAUUAAAUAAUAAUAAUAUUAAUAAUAAUAAUAAUAAUAAUAUGUUGCAGUGUGUAGGAUAAAACACUAGGGGGAGCUGUUUCAACAAUACAGCAACAGUUCUGCAGCACCUAGAAUUUUAGGACCGAGAGACAUAAUUAAGAAAAACCUAAUCAUUCAAAUCUGACCCCGCCUAUAGCAUCACUGCAUGGCUUACCCCUCAGAAAUGAAUUCUUGGAUUGACCAGCAUUCCGGUGCAACUCCAAACUCUUAAUUAAGAUCGCCAAGCUAGAUGACGGAUAGUCGCGACGGAUCAAAUACUGGCCCUUUGUUGUCGUCAUUGUUGUCGAAACACUAAAACUAAGCCAAGCAGAAAACCAGUUUUUGGCUCUAGUGCCUUCUUCAGACUUCGUUUCUUACAAUGUCUUACCUUUCCAGUUCCGAGCGCGGUACACCUGGGCUUUGACCCAAAUCUUCCAAACUCUGGAUGAGAAUUUUAAACGCGCUUGCUUUUUGCUAGCAUCUUGUCCCCCCCCCCCUCCUCCCUCCCCCCUCCCCCCUCUCCCCUCUCCCCCCCCCCGCUGUUUUUCAAAUACAGCGCUGUACAUCGCUGGGGCCCGGUCACUUCCUGUGCUGUAGGUCACACGUUUUUUGGCAAUAACCGAACAGUCUAAUUCUAUUUUUCUUGUUUGUGGGUUCUGUAUCGUGUCGGGUCUCCCGUGUGUUUCCCUUUUGUAUUACACUGGACUCCCCAGACUAAUUUAGCACGCUGAAAUAUCAGUGCUGUACGAAUGUCAAACCCAAUAGAACCCAAAAUGCCAGCGAAACUGGAAAACUAUGAGCUGGGACGCGGGUUUUACCAGCGGAAACACGAUUUGAAUGGUACUGCCACGGACUAAGCCUUGGCGUUCACGCUAGAACUAUGUAAAGAUAGGACAGUCAAUCCCGUGAUGCAGUUCGGUACUCCAUUACAGGCGCCAUUUGUGGAGCCCACUCAAUUCUGAAUACAUUGCGAGCGCGCUGUUAAAGUGAUCUACGGGCUCCAGAAAUGGCUCCGCUGUGCUAACUCCGCACACUUGUGACAUCAUUUUCUUAGUAUAUAGUCCAAGCGUUGACGUCUUACCUAGCGUCAGGCACCGCAUUCCAUCGCUGCAUUGAAAAGUAACGUGAUGCGUCUUGGAAGUGCGCCCCCUACAGUUUGACACUCGUAGGCACAUGAUACAUAUUGUAUUGGGUAGAGAAGUAAGCAUAUAGAGCUAUAGAUAUCUAAACCUCUGUGUAUGCGGCAGGGGACCGGAAUAUGAAGCCUGUUUCGACAAGCGUUUGGAUGACGUUGAGUGCCGCGUUUAGUGGAGCUACGGUCAAGGGUUGUGACUCUUAUCAAUUGGGUCCAGUUUACAAAGGCUUCAAGGAGCGAGCUAUGGGGGGGUUGGCUUAGUUAUUUAGCCUGGAAAAAAAUGAAGAUUUAUGAAACUGUAGAGCCGCUGUCUGUCUGCCGUUGAAGAUCAUUUAAGCAGGGUUUAGUUAGCAUGCUGUGGUCCCAUUCUACCAGCCCCGUCCCAUUUGUAGCUGCCCCGUGCAAUCCCUCCCUCUUAGUAUCGCGCAGAACCAUGGAAAAUAACUCUGUUAAGAUUGCCCGCGCAGCAUUUUAGCAGGUGGUUUUUAUGGUUGUGCUUCCCCUGCUGUAUAAAAUUGCUAGCCGUUUCUUCCCAGUUGUUUUGUUCAGACGUAUUCUGUUCACACAGGAGUGUUUUCAGUGACUUUUCGGAGCAGUACGAUAGACGGUCAGCCUCCAGCAGGCUGGUCGCUGAGCGACUCUUUCAUCGCACAAUAAGAUGUACUGUACUUCCAUGGAUAAGUAGGGCGUUCUGGUUUUAUUUAUUUAUUUAUUUAUUUUGUAAUGUGUAUAAUUGAUUUAUUUAUUUAUGUAUGUAUGUAUUUAUUUAUUUCAAACAAAGAAAAAAAAAACUUCUAGUAGUUUUGAGUGUUAUUUUUUUUCUCCAGUGCAUGUAAUUUUUUUUUUUUAAAAAGAUAGAUUCGUGCAUGCAAAACAAUAAAAGGUUUUUUAAAUCGAUUAGA